UUGUCUAACUUUUAAUAAUGUAAGUUUAAUGUUGGCAAUAACUCUUGACUUUUGUUGUCAAAGUUGGCAACACUGUCAGUACGUUUCCAGAAAAUGGUGGGAUUGUGUAUCAAAAUCGGGCAUGACACGUAUUUUACGACUUUUAUAAAAUAAUUUGUGAAAAUUUUGCAAUGUUAUUGUGUUUGUAGAAGGUUUACCUCUGCAAAAUUAUUUAAUUCCGAAAACAUGGAGUUCCGAGAGACGUUGUUAGCAGCUCAACGGAAUCAACAACAAAAGUCAUCUGAAAAUGCAUAUUACAAGGCACGCUUUGACCCGCCUAAGAAAGAGCAGAAACAGAGGGACAGAUUGUCAGCAAAUAUCCAAAAGUUUUUGGCAAAGAAGGAUGAAGAAGAGAGGCAAAAAAAAAUUGAGGCUCAGAGGAAAAGAGAUGAACUCCUUGCCAUGAGAGAUCCUAAAGCAAUGAAAAAGAUUCAGAAAACUCUAAAAGUGAUCAAGUCUGCCAAUAAGUCUGUAAUUGCUGAUGCUAUUGACCGGGAUAAUACUGCAGUGACACGUGAGGGGCCGGACCAGCCCGAUCAAGAUGAUUACGGGUAUGAAUCCCAGGAGGCGGCAGCUAUUUACGAAAAGAUGAUGGAAAAGUAUAGCAAAAUACCAGUUGAACCUAAAUUUCCUGUUGGAAAUUCAUUUGUAAAAAAAGAUCUCAAUGGCACAAGAGAGCGAGUAAAACAUGCCUUAAAACAUGAAGAAGAUCCAGUACCCCAUAAGCGUCGCCGGAAAGGAGAAAAUGGAGAACGAGAAUCAAGUCCACCAACAAAAUAUGAACCUGAAAAAAAGGAAACUAAGACAGAAAAGCCUAAAUUUCGCAAACCAGCACCUCCACCUAUGGACUUCAAUCAACUGUUGAAACUAGCUGAACAAAAAAAGAGUGAACCAAUUGAAAUAGGGAAAAAGAAGGAAGUUGUUGCGGAAACUGAGGCAGGCCCUGAGAGACUGAUGACCAAGAAACAGAAAAGAGAUUAUGAGGAGGAGAUGGCGAGACGUCAACGUCGUCUAGAGAGGUUGGAGGCCGAGAGAAAUGGUGGCAAGAAAGUUCAAAAAGACGAUAGACCAAGGGAUGACAGAUCAAGAGAUGACAGACCAAGGGAGCCCGAAAGAGAAAGAAGACCUGAACCAAGUUUAGGGUUAGGGCGCAUCCCCAAAGUCUCAGACAAAAUUAACAAUCUGAAUUCUAGAAAUGAUAGUCCUAGACCAUCUGACAGAGAGAGAAUUGAGAGGGAAAAAAUAGAGAAACUGCAAAAGGAAAGAGAUAGAUUAAGACUAGAAAAAGAUAGGGCUGAACGUGAAAAGGAAAGAAUAGACAGAGAGAGACUUGACAAGCUGAAGGCGGAGAGAGAACGAAUUGAAAGGGACAUAGAUAGACUUAACAGAGAUAGAGAAAAGUUAGAAAAGGCUAAAUCUAAGUUAGAGAGUAGCAGUAGACCCCCAGAAAAGGGAGUCAAAGGUGUUAAUAAACCUGUAGAUAGAUCAAAAUUAAGUUAUAAGGAAGGAAUAAAACAAGAUGUAAAUAAAAACAUAGACUUAAAGAGCCAAAAUACAUACAGGAUAGAUAAGAAUUCUAAUGAAAGGAAACUAGCUGUACCAAGUAAACAAUCUGAUAGUAAAUUAUUAAAUGGCCACAGCAGCCAAGGUAAAGCAGUGCCAAAGCAGAGAGAGCCAAUCCAUCAAAAUGGCUUCAAGGAUAAAGCUCUACCAGCUAAGCAAAGAGCUGCCGAAGGAUCUCAGAAAAUGAAUGACAAGAGGCUUGUAGAUAACAAAGGAGUGCCUUCUAAAAGACCUGAUGAUAGGAAACUUGGUGCCAAUGACAAAGCUGGCCCAAGUAAGCCUAAGAUUACAAGUACAUUUGAUUUCGAUAAGCACAUUAAUGGUUUGGGUAAGAAUGGCGCGAGAAAGCCCGACGGUACGCGGCAGUUCCCACCAGGCGAUGUCAGGAGAAAAGCUAUGGAGAAGAAAAAACGGCGCGCUCUGGACUCGGAUUCGGAGUACGAUUCCGAACUCGAUGACUUCAUUGAUGAUGGUGAUGAUGAAAUGGACUACUCCAAACACAUUAAGGAGAUAUUUGGAUAUGAUAAAUCUAAAUAUCGAGACAUGGAUGAUGACGACGAUCCAACUAUGGAGUCUAGUUUCGCGCGGCAACAACGCGAGGAGUACAUUAGUAAAAAGAUUGGUAUUAUGGAAGACUUAGAAGAUAUGAGACUGGAGGCUAUGCAGAAGAAAAAGUCCAAAAAAGGGCGACGGAUCAGCGACGAUUGACGAUCCAACGGCUAACCGGCUUACAAGCGGCUUGCGAUCAUUAUUCGGAGACAAUCGGUUGCCAACACUUAAUUACACUAUUUAAUUAAACGCUAGAUAGUCAUGCAUCGAAUGGGAUCAAUUAAAUUCAAUUGUUAACAUUUAAACUGCAUCCGAUUGUCUCCCAAUAACGAACUUAUUUAACUUAGUUACCUGUACAAUAUAAUAAUUUGUUUAUUUGUAUAAAGUGAAUUAAUUUUGAGUUGUGAAAUAAUAUUAUAGCUUGGUAUGUUACUUUUUACAGCUUCUUAUCUUAAACCUUAACAAGCACUGAGCAAAUUAACUUUGCAAUUUGCUUCUUUUACGUAGCUAAGCAUCACCUAAUUUACCUAUAUCAGCUUUUAAAUUUAGAACCCUUGUGCAAUAGACACUUUUACCACAAACAUAGAUAAAUAAGGAUUUUGUUUUAGUAUUUAUAGUUUUUGUAUCCGGUUAAGUUUGGGUUGUUGGACUGUCUUUAAAAAUCAAAAAAUUAUGGGUCUUGUUUAAGCACUAUAUUCAUCUUUCAAUAAUUAUCAAAAAUCAAACCAAUUGCAUGUUAGGUUUACUUUUAUAAAUGUUACAUAUUGCAAGUAUGUCUGUCAAGGUUGUUGCAACAAAAGUGUGUUCAGGUUUUGGAAGGCCCAGGCCAAAUUUAUGUAACUGUAAAUUAUGUAGGUAUUUCUUUGAACAGCCGUCCACUA